AUGGCCGAGGACACUGUUCGCCAAAGCGACCCCUCGUCCCGCCGGCGAGACGGAGACGACCGAAGCCAUCACCGUCACCGAGACUCUAGCAGGCGGCAUCGGGACGACGACCGGGACGAGCGGAGAAAGCACAGCAGCCAUAGCAGCAGAACAAGAGACGACGAAGACAAGCACCGGAGCGGCGAUCGCGAACACCGCCACCGACAUCAUCACCACCGCAGUAGCCAUCGUCACCAGUCGGACUCGCGCGACAGACAUCGCGAGCGACACCACGACGAGGAGCGCAGCGAGCGGAAGCGGAGGCACAGAGAAGAGGGAUCACCGGGAGCGAUACCACGGCCCGCUUUCAAGCGACCAGGCGAGUCCUCAGGCUCCGCCACGCCUACUUUUGGUCAGUCAAGUCGCCCACCGCGCAACAUCGGCUUCGAAACACCUUCGUCGAAGCCAGCAACGGCCACGGCGAUUCCCAGCGUCUUUACGCCGGUCAUUGAGCGACCACCGGCAACGCCUCAAAAAGGCGUCAUCAUCGACAAUGGCUCUAGCGACCCUGACCGGCCCAUCAUGACCUCGGAUCAGCUCAACAAACUGCAAGCAAAGAUCCUCAAAGCCGAGCUCAUGGGCGACAGCAACUUGGACGCCCUACGAGCAGAAUACGACAGCGAGUCUGCGCGAGCAAAGGCGCAUCAAUCCCUUGCAGGCGAUCGAGGUGGCGGAUUCGCCUCAUCCUCAAUCAGUGGUGAUCGAAUGGGCAAAGUAUCCACGAACGCCAGCUCAGCAGGCGUGCUAGUCGAAGACGGCCAGCGCGAGCUGCAAGUGCUUCCGACGCUCGACGCUCGCGGACGCAUGUACGACAUCGGCUCGCUCAACUCCCAGACCGAUCCGCCUCACGACCCCAAGGGCAAACGGAAGCUGAAAGGCCGUGACGAGUACGAAGCGCGUGACCCGUGCACCGGCUCCAUCGUCCGCUACUCGGCCGACGACGACGGCACCAGCCUCGCCGACCUCGUGCGCCAAGAGCGAUUCUCUGCCGGCUCCCGUUCGGUCAAGGACCCAGACGCCGAGCUGGCGACCAACAUCAUGAUCGACCACUCGUACAGCGCCAAUCUCGACGAGCAGGACGAGGAAGCGCAUCGGUACGCAAAGAAGAAGAUGCGGAGCGAUGCGCUGAAGCGGCAGUUUGCGAUCAACGACUUUGCGCGGACCAAGAAGGCGCUCGACCGAUGUCGGUUCUGUUGGCAGGACGAAGGUGCCAGGCCACCACGGGUGACGGUAGUCAGCAGUGGGUACAUGGCGUACUUGGCGAUCCCGGAUGUGGAAGCGGCGUCGGAGCGCGAGGAGGACCAUGUUUGGAUCGUGCCGAUGCAACACCACCUCAGUCUGCUCGAGGCAGACGACGACACGUGGGACGAGAUUCGCAACUUCCAGAAGUGCUUGCUGCAACUGGCAGCGGCGGGAGGGCGAGCGGUGGUGUUCUACGAGACGGUAGUGUCGCUCAAAGGACAGGCACAUAGCGUCAUCGAGGCGGUGAUUCUGCCGAAACCAGCGAUGGAUCUCGUACCCGGCGUAUUCAAGGAGAGCCUCCGCAGCGUCGGCGGCGAAUGGAGCACGCACAAGAAGGUCAUCGAGUUCUCCAGCUCCAGACCCUUUCGGCAUGCGCUCGUGCCCAACCUGCCUUACUUUGCCGUCUCGUGGGACUACAGAUGGAACACGGGCUACGGCCACGUCAUCGAAAACAUGGACUCCGACCGAGGCGGCAAGGUUGAGGAUGAGAACGCCUUUGAUGUCGACGAGAUGACAGCUGGCGGAGGCGGUGGAGCAAGCAGUGGCAGGUUCGAUCCCAACUUUGCAAGGGACGUAAUCAGGGGCGUCCUGGAGGACCUGGACAAUGACAGCGGGAGUGACGGCGGCUACAUUAGGUCGUUCGGCAAGUCCAGAAGGAGAUCGGAUGACGAGAAGAGACGGGUCAAGGACAAGUUCAUGCGCGAAUGGACCAAGGUGGACUGGACAAAGAUGCUCACGUCUCAGUCGUAG